AUGCACAGGAGGCUUAAUUUCUCUAGGCCUUUGGUGUCCAUAGACCUCGAGCUAGAGCGUACUCUAGCCCAAUUGAGGAGACAAGCAAGGGAGAGAGGUGAAGACCCACUUCAAGAGGAAGUAAGAAGUUCCCCUACCCCAUCUUCACCCACUUCAAGUGAGGAGAGCGAACCAUCCACAGGCUCAAUUCCCAACCCAUUUACCCAAUACCAUAAUCAACAAAGCAUGGCUGAUCAAGGAAACAUGGGUGAUCAAAGGUCACUAAAGCAACUUGGAGCACCCGAACCUUAUGCCUCUCAAAGUGGGAUCUUAGCCCCCACCACUCAAGCAAACAAUUUCGAGAUAAAGCCUAAUUUCAUUUCAAUGAUAGAGAAGAGGCAAUUUACCGGUGGGAAAUUUGAGAAUCCCCAUGAGCAUCUCAAAGAGUUUCUCAAGUAUUGUGACACUAUCAAGAUCAACGGAGUCUCCCAAGAGUACAUAAGAUUGAAGAUGUUCCCGUUCUCACUCAUGGGAGCGGCGGAACAUUGGUUGAACAAGGAUGUCCCCCCCGGUUCCCUCACGACUUGGAAUGAGGUAACUACGUCGUUCCUAGGAAGGUUUUACAAUCACAAGAAAACCGCUGAGGCUCGCUCAAAGAUUCAAAGUUUCCGCCAAAGAGGUGGAGAGUCUCUUUGUGAGCCAUGGGAGAGAUUCAAAGAGUUACAAAGGCAAUGCCCACACCAUGGGAUUCCUAAUUGGCAAGUUCUCCAAACAUUCUACGGAGGACUCUCCCCUCAAAGAAAGACUAGCCUUGAUGCCGGAGCCGGAGGCCCAAUCAUGAACAAAAGGGAAGAUGAAGUGGAGAGCAUCAUAGAAGAUGUUGUGCGCAAUUAUGAGGAUUGGUACGAAGGUGUCAACCCCAAGUCUAUGUAUGCAAUUACUACUAGAAGUGGGAAGAUCCUUGAGAGUGAUCUAAAUGUUGAGAAGAGUCCCGAUGUGAGGAUAGGACUUGAGGUUGAGGAUGAGUCAUCAAGAGAGAAUCAGAUUCUAGAGGGAAGUGCCGGAAAGAAUGAGAGGGGUGAGAAAGAGAAAGAGAAGGAACCCGAAAAGGAGAGCACCAAAGAUCAAACAUCUUUACCCCUUAAUCUCCAACCUAGGAAUGAGAGGUUGCCUUUUCCCCAAAGAUUUGCUAGGUCUAGGCUUGAUGUCCAAUUCGGAAAAUUUUUAGAUGUAGUAAAGAGCUUGCAUGUUUCUAUACCCUUUGUGGAUGCUAUGAAAGAGAUGCCUCACUACUCUAAAUUCCUAAAAGACCUUUUGAAUGGAAGGAGAGAAGUUGAAACUAUUAACCUAACCGCAAAUUGUAGUGCUAUUCUCUCUAGUAAGCUACCAACCAAAUUGCAAGAUCCCGGUAGUUUUUCCAUCCCUUGUUCCAUCAAUGAGAUUCAUUUGGGGAAGGCUUUGUGUGAUCUAGGUGCUAGCGUGAGCUUAAUGCCCUUUUCGGUCUACCAAAAGCUUAAUGUGGGAAACCUUUCACCUACAAACAUCACCCUCCAACUAGCGGAUAGGUCCACAAAAUUUCCUAUAGGGAAAGUUGAAGACAUACCCCUUAGAGUUGGUAAGUUCACUUUUCCGGUGGACUUUUAUGUUCUUGAGAUGGAUGAAGAUGAAAGAAUUCCUAUAAUUUUGGGUAGGCCAUUCCUAGCUACUUCUAAAGCAAUUCUUGAAGGUUGA